ACACGACAACAUACGGACAAACUCAUAGGCCUCUCUCUCUCCCUCCCUCCCUCUUCUCUCUCUUCUCCAUACCGAGAGUCUGAAACUAGGGUUCCCAAUUUUACAUUUUUUGGUCUUUUUCGUCGGAGUCUGAGAGAACCAAAAAAGAGGGAAUUCCGAUCAUGGCGAGCAAUCUCGGCCGUCUCUUUUCAUCAAUAACCAAUCUUUCGACCCCAAAGGUGAUCCUCUCCUCCACCAGGUCGGAGCCGCUGACUCGCUGCGCCACCAACUCAGCGAGUCGACUCGUCAGCUCCUCGGCUCAGAAACCUCAAUACGAUCAAGAAAACAUGAACAAGGAACAGAGAGAAGCAAUAGCAAAAGAUCUGGAAAAUGAGAAGGAAGACGGUGUAGAAGACGAAGAAGAAGGAACUAGCCUGAACGAACAGACCGGAGAGGUCGGUGGGCCCAGAGGGCCCGAGCCCACUCGCUAUGGAGACUGGGAACGAAACGGUCGGUGCUAUGAUUUUUGACAUUUUCCUUUUCUCCAUUUUGAAAAUAAUAAUGUUUUUGUUUUUUGUUUUUAUUUUUAGAUUUAAAGAGGAAAAUAAAUAAAAUUAUUAUUUCGAUUUUCCUUUUGUAUGGAUUAGUCUUUCUAUGACUGGAAAUUUUGUUUUGGUUGAAUUGGAA